AUAAGUUUAUGUACACGCACAGGUAGAAACAAUUGUUCACGAUGCAUGGUAUGAUAAAAAGACCACGACUGGAUGUGGAAACUGAUGAAAACCCUAAUGGUUCAACUUGCCCAGUAUCUGAGCCAACUUCAAAGUCCGAUAUGGCAGAUAUAAUAUAUUGGCGUACUUCAAAAGCGGUUGAAGCUCCACGGACAGGCGAUAAACUGCAACAAUUAGCAAAUGAAGACACAACUGAUCAGAGGGCGAGAAGGCGUAACAUACAAGAUUUGUAUUCGAGUGAUGUGUUAUCUUCCGUGAAAGCCAUUAAAAUAUCUACACAAGAUGAGGAAACACAAACUGAUGCUGAUCCUGAUAGUAACGGAUCAACGGACCAAGGAUUUAAGCCACUUUCAAACAUCGAUCAGACAGGCCUUAACAUAUUGAAGCCGGCUGUAGCUCCAACGAGCAGCGAUAACCUGAAUACACCUGCAGAGACGGCGAGAAGAUCUACACAAGAUGAGGAAACACAAACUGAUGCUGAUCCUGAUAGUAACGGAUCAACGGACCCAGGAUUUAAGCCACCUUCAAACAUCGAUAAGACAGCGGCUGUAGCUCCAACGAGCAGCGAUAACCUGAAUACACCUGCAGAGACGGCGAGAAGAUCUACACAAGAUGAGGAAACACAAACUGAUGCUGAUCCUGAUGGUACCGGAUCAACGGACCCAGGAGUUAAGCCACCUGCAAACAUCGAUAAGACAGGCCUUAACAUAUUGAAGCCAAACGAUCAACUAAAAACUCAAACAUCAGGCCCAUAUUAUAGCGAUGAAAUUUACAACCGAAUUCAAACAAGUUCAAACAAGUUUUAUCCAGCGCAAACACAAAAACAGGACCGACUUGCGCGGCAAAUGGAAGCCAGUAAGGAAUUGCUGUACAGAGUGUAUGAGAACGUUAUUGGAACACUUGAAGAAUUCGAAAGAAGAUGUAAUAAAAGGCACACGAAACAAAAGCUGGUUGUUUCUGAGAUUGACUUUCCGGACCAAUCCGACAAAAGCGAUAGAGACGUAAAGGCUAAUAUGGACGUUCAACUUUUGUUGUUUGAAGAGCACAGAAAAUCAUGUCCUCCUGAAUUUACUAAGAAGAUCAAUGGUGAAUUGAGAAUGAAAACCAUUUACUGGGCUGCAGCAAGAGGGGAAAUGGGUCUCGAUGAAACGGACGAGUAUACAACUAAUCUGUAUGAGAUUCUUGUAAAAGAUAAAACGCAUCACGCCGUACUUGAUCAACCCAGAAAGCCUGUUGAACAUAAAACAAUGCGAGAUACUUUGCAGUUUAUUAUGAAAGGAAAUGCCAAAGCGAUGGAAAUCGAAUGUGAAUAUCAGACCGAUCCUGAUAAAAUGGCAAAAGACCCCAAAACGCGGAAAACAAAAAUACGACCUUAUGUUGGUGCCAAAAGAAUAUGCAGGUGUAAGCCAGGUCUUCAACCUUACCUCGAUCAGGACGUGCCUGGAUUUUUGGAGUCGGACAUAAAAUAGCCCAUACCAACUUACAUUAAAUGUGAACCCCUUUUUUGUUCUUCUAUUACUAGCUCGUACGUAGCGUACAAUUAUUCAUAACUUGAACAUAUAUUGAUCUUAAUUUGUAUACAUAUAAUGAAAUCAAUUAGGUUUGAAAACGAAUUUAUUAACCAAUACUUAUUACAUUCAAUAUAUAUCUAGUUUUUGAAGUAAUGUUAAACUCAAAAACUGCAUCUCAUCGUCGAAAUAGCCAUCAUUCUGUUACAUUACCGGACACAGUUUAUUGUGUGUGGCGCUGCGUACUCGGCCCAACAAGUUCAAGUAAAAUUUAAUAUUACAUUUAAAGUAUUAUCUAUUUAAAAUAGACCUAUUAUACUAUACAAUAAUUUCAAAAGAAAUACCGUGAAUUGAAAUAACUAAUUUUGAUAAACGUUGCUUAGAUUUGAAUCCUUAUAUAUGUUUGUUAAACGUAUGAUGUUAAUAUCAACAUAUGUAUGUUCCGAAUAUAAUCAUCUUGUUAAGUCAGUUAAUAGUGACUGUAAUAUAUGUUAUAUCGUACUCAAUUUAAACAAUGUAAUAAAAUUCCGAUUGCCA